GACAUUUCUUUGGCAGCUGCAAAGUUGAUUUUAUAUGCGAUUUUUUUUUUGGUAUUUAAAAUGGUACCGGUGUUCUUGGUUUCUGGCUUUGAAUCAGUCUGAAGUGUUGGAGAAAAUGUUACGCUGGAUUUAUAUAUGUGCACUCCUUACAUUAGUGCAUACUUUAGAUGAAAACGUUACUUCUACCACAUGUGUUGAAGCUGCUGAUAAACAUAGAUCGGCACUACUAGAUUGUCACGGAGGUUAUAUUUCCCACAUUUCAUUCGAAUCUGGCACAGGGAGAUGUUGGCAACAAGAUGGGCAAUGUAUUGGAAUGACGCUUCCAUCAAAAGCGAACUUCCUUGGUUGUCACUGGCGCAAAAGCUGUUAUAUCCUCUGGCCAACCGAACGGAUCUUUAGCCAGUAUUUUGUCGGAGGUUGCAUUGGCAAAAGACCAACUUUUAUGGCGGUCAGUUUUGAGUGUUUCAAACCAACCGAUUUCCUAGUUGGCUACGGCUACUUCAAGACACCGGGAUCAGAUAUAGAGCCUAAAACUUAUCUAAUCGACAUCUGUAGCAAGUUUAGAAGUGUUGGAUACAGUGAUGAAUCAUGUGACAAAAGACAAGGAUUUUCCGACUCAGGCGGUAUCAUCAGAAGCAACGCACAUUAUCCUUUGUUAAAUUUAUCACCUGAAAGAAAGUGUUCUGUGAAACUGUACUGGCCAAAAGGACAAAAGCUCCUUGUAGCCGUUCAUAGCGUUGACUUUCGUAAUAACGAUAGCCUAAUAAUUAUAAACAAUGGCAAGCCAGAAAAUGCCAAUUCUAAAAAAUCUUUCCAAUUCUCAGAGGGAAACGAAACUUUAUUUGUUUUUAGUGUAGGAGAGAAGUACUUUAUGAAAAUCGUCAGUGGUUUUCUACUUUGUUUCAAAUUUGUACCUAAAGAUGACCAGAGCUUUCAGGAUGCAUGUGCGAUAAUCAUGGAACCUGGAAAUGUAAGUCUAGUGAGUGGCGUGCAAGAUCCUUUCCAAGGGAUUGCAUCGGUAGAUUUGUUGCAGGAACCUUUGAAAUCUGAUUUGACUCCGUGCACUACAACAUCUCCUGCCACCGAACAAAUACCAAAACGUUGUUUAAAAAAGAAGCCAGGAAAAAAGAGAGACAAAUGUAUUAGAAAGCAAAAGAACAAGGAAAGGAAGCUUAAGAAGAAGAAACGGAAAAGAAAGAAAGGAAAAGGAAAGCGUGUUUUGGACAGGGAAAAGAAGGUUAAAGUAAUUAAAAUAAGUAGAAGAAGGCGAAACAAAUAGAUGAUGUUAAUGAAUAGAUAGAUAUGUAAAGAGAAUACAAAUCGAACAAGAAACGUUUCAUAUAUGACCAUGAAAAAAAUUCUGAGCAUCUAGAUAUUAGUUAAGGAAUUAGAUAGCUUGUAUAUUCUUUUGAACAUACUUAUGUUUGUAAGUGAUAACAUCAUAAAAAAGUAUAAUGCGGAUAAUGUGUUCAGGGAAAAUAUGGUAAAUAGUCUGGCAAUAAAAGAUGACAUAAUAACAUUGUUGUAUUUGCUCUGACUUGUUCACCUUUCUUACAUUCUCACAUCUUUUAUUUAUCACAAUAACAAUAAAAAGUCUGUAGAAGGCCAAAAAAACUAUGUUAUGUUUUUGUUUCUAUUGAAACAAAUAUUUGUGAAAGAAAACUUGUACAGUACUAAUCAUUAUACACAGCAUGUAAUAAGACGUGUAAUAACGUGGUGCUUUAAACGCGCUAUAUUAUCAAUAAAUUUGAACAAUUA